UGAAUAGAAUUGAUGCUCCUGCAAGAUGUACCAUGUUUAUCCUGUAUCUUGAUGUCUGCCCUGGCACCACCACCUCGUGCUCCAGUCUGUGAUCUAGUCUGAGAAGCAUGAGCCCAUUUAUCCUCACAGCAACGUCAUGAAAAGGAUAUUAUCAUUUUACAGAUGAGAAAAUUAAAGUUCAAAGAGGGAAGGAACUUAAACAAAUCUCACAGACUCAAGAAUGAACAAUCCAUCAGAAACCAGUAAACCAUCUAUGGAGAGUGGAGAUGGCAGCACAGGCACACAAACCAAUGGUUUGGACUUUCAGAAGCAGCCUGUGCCUGUCGGAGGAGCAAUCUCAACAGCCCAGGCCCAGGCUUUCCUUGGGCAUCUCCAUCAGGUCCAGCUCGCUGGAACAAGUUUACAGGCUGCUGCUCAGUCUUUAAAUGUACAGUCUAAGUCUAAUGAAGAAUCCGGGGAUUCACAGCAGCCAAGCCAGCCUUCUCAGCAGCCUUCAGUGCAGGCAGCCAUCCCCCAGACCCAGCUUAUGCUGGCUGGAGGACAGAUAACCGGGCUUACUUUGACGCCAGCCCAGCAGCAGUUACUACUACAGCAGGCACAGGCACAGGCACAGCUGCUCGCUGCUGCAGUGCAGCAGCACUCCGCCAGCCAACAGCACAGCGCUGCUGGGGCCACCAUCUCAGCCUCCGCCGCCACGCCCAUGACGCAGAUCCCCCUGUCUCAGCCCAUACAGAUAGCACAGGAUCUGCAACAGCUGCAACAACUUCAGCAGCAGAAUCUCAACCUGCAACAGUUUGUGUUGGUGCAUCCAACCACCAACUUGCAACCAGCGCAGUUUAUCAUCUCACAGACGCCCCAGGGCCAGCAGGGUCUCCUGCAAGCGCAAAAUCUUUUAACGCAACUACCUCAGCAAAGCCAAGCCAACCUCCUACAGUCACAGCCAAGCAUCACCCUCACCUCCCAGCCAGCAACCCCCACACGCACAAUUGCAGCAACCCCGAUUCAGACACUUCCACAGAGCCAGUCAACACCAAAGCGAAUCGACACCCCCAGCUUGGAGGAGCCCAGUGACCUUGAGGAGCUUGAGCAGUUUGCCAAGACCUUCAAACAAAGACGAAUCAAACUUGGAUUCACUCAGGGCGAUGUUGGGCUCGCGAUGGGUAAACUGUAUGGAAAUGACUUCAGCCAAACUACCAUCUCUCGCUUUGAAGCCUUGAACCUCAGCUUUAAGAACAUGUGCAAGUUAAAGCCACUUUUGGAGAAGUGGCUAAAUGAUGCAGAGAACCUCUCAUCUGAUUCGGCUCUCUCCAGCCCAAGUGCCCUGAAUUCUCCAGGGCAGGGAAUUGAGGGCUUGAACCGUAGGAGGAAGAAACGCACCAGCAUAGAGACCAACAUCCGUGUGGCCUUAGAGAAGAGUUUCCUGGAGAAUCAAAAGCCUACCUCGGAAGAGAUCACCAUGAUUGCUGAUCAGCUCAAUAUGGAAAAGGAGGUGAUUCGUGUUUGGUUUUGUAACCGCCGCCAGAAAGAAAAAAGAAUCAACCCACCAAGCAGCGGUGGGACCAGCAGCUCACCUAUCAAAGCAAUUUUCCCCAGCCCAACCUCACUGGUGGCAACCACGCCAAGCCUUGUGACGAGCAGUGCAGCAACUACCCUCACCGUCAAUCCAGUCCUCCCUCUAACCAGCGCCACCGUAACCAAUCUCUCUGUUACAGGCACUACAGACACCACCUCCAACAACACUGCAACCGUGAUUUCCACAGCGCCGCCAGCUUCCUCGGCAGUCACGUCCCCCUCUCUGAGUCCCUCUCCUUCUGCCUCAGCCUCCACCUCCGAGGCAUCUAGUGCCAGUGAGACCAGCACAACACAGACCACCUCCACUCCUUUGUCCUCUCCUCUUGGGACCAGCCAGGUGAUGGUGACAGCGUCAGGGUUGCAAACAGCAGCAGCUGCCGCCCUCCAAGGAGCUGCACAGUUGCCAGCAAAUGCCAGUCUUGCUGCCAUGGCUGCCGCUGCAGGACUUAACCCAGGCCUGAUGGCACCCUCACAGUUUGCUGCUGGAGGUGCCUUACUCAGCCUCAACCCAGGGACCCUGGGCGGUGCCCUCAGCCCAGCUCUGAUGAGCAACAGUACCCUGGCAACUAUUCAAGCUCUUGCUUCUGGUGGCUCUCUUCCAAUAACAUCACUGGAUGCAACUGGGAACCUGGUAUUUGCCAAUGCGGGAGGAGCCCCCAACAUCGUGACUGCCCCUCUGUUCCUGAACCCUCAGAACCUGUCUCUGCUCACCAGCAACCCAGUUAGCUUGGUCUCUGCCGCUGCAGCCUCUGCAGGGAACUCUGGACCUGUCGCCAGCCUUCAUGCCACCUCCACCUCAGCUGAGUCCAUCCAGAACUCUCUCUUCACAGUGGCCUCUGCCAGCGGGGCUGCUUCCACCACCACCACUGCCUCCAAGGCACAGUGAGCUGGGCUGAGCGGGCUGCCUGUGGUCGUCGUCGCUCGCAGUGUGAUUGGGCUGUCAGCCAGGCCGAGACUGACAGAUGUGACUGGCUUCCUCUUGCCGUGUUGCAAGAGCAAGGGAGAGAAGGAGAAAACACACAUGGGAAAAAGAAAGGAUGGAGACAGGACAACAUUUGCCUAAUUUUGUAAUAAAACACUGUCUUUUCAGGAUUGCUUCAUGGAUUGGAGAACUUUCUAACCAAAAAUUAAAAAAAAAAAAAAAAGAAACAAAAAGUCAAAAACAAACAAAAAAUAAGUGAAAGGACUACUUACCAUUUCCAGCAGUCGUGAUGACAAGUUAAGGUGGGUUACCAAUUCCAAUAUAGGAAGGGAAUUUCUUGUUUGUCUAAAUUUCUUUUUUUCUUAAAAAAAAUCAUUUUUAUGGGUCUGUUGUACAGGCCAUUAAGUCAUAACAAGGUGUUUAUAAUCGUAUCAAUUGUGUUGGGGGUUCCUUUCUUAACUGGUACAAUUUAGGCAGGCCUGUAUUACUGUAUCUCUAUUAUUAUUGUUGUUGUUGUUAUUGUUUUUUAUAUAUAUAUAUAUAGUUUGACAUGUUUAUCUCUUGCUCCUGGAUCCUACUUCAGUGAGCUCCCACACUGUGGGGAGGGAGGGUUUGAGGUAAGGGGAACUUAUGUUCUUAACUGCGGGGAAUGGUCUUGCUGGUUUCCUUAUCCUUGAUGACUCUUACAGAGGUGCUAGAAAAUUAUUUUCUUUUGCCACUUAUGCAAGAGGCUUGGUGCAGAAGCUGAAGGCAGUGUGUGCAAACACUCCCACCCCACACGCCCCCCCGCAUCAGGUGGUGCCUUUGGAGCACUUUUGUGUAGGAAAGAAUUCCUGCUGAACUGUAGCUCUCACUCGCCCCAAAUUGUUGACUGACCCUGAGGCCCAGAGCCUGCGGUGCAACAGUGCUGCUUUCUGCUACCUUCAUGGGCGUGGCCGUGCAUGGUGCAGGGCAGGGUUUGGUUCUAAAGAGCAAAGACUACUGCGGACACCUGACUUGGUGGUUCUCCUAAUUUCUUAUCUCCUGAAAAAUGCUCCUACUGUUAGUGUGUGUGUUUGUUUUUUCUGAUUUGUGGAAGUUUUUCAUCCAAACUUCCUUUAGCUUACUUGGCAAAGAACAAAUUGACUUACUGAAAUUGGGAAGCUUUUCCCUUCUUUUGUUUUCUAAAGGAACGCUACUAGACUAUUUUCCAUCGAUUGUAUAUCACCAAAAGAGGUGUGUGUGAUGAGAAGAGGCUGAGGUUACCACCUUUUCCUCUAGCCACAGACUUCCUUUUCACCGGAUGGCUUAUAAAUUCCUUUAACCCUGAGACUCUACUUGGUUCUCUGACUAGAGAAGGCACUUAGCUGGGACUGGGAUUUGUGGACCCUUAGAAGGACUUUGAGCAGGAACUUUGCACACACCUCAAGUAUUUCUUUGGUUUGUUAGUGAUGCUCCUGCUAGGUCGGUCUA